UUAUUCCCAGAUAAAUUGAGGAAGUUGAAUCGAACAACAACUGCGCCAUUUGUUCCCGGUGGUUGCUGCCAUUCACUCGUUGUUGUGUUUAUACAUUUCAGCAUGAAAAAAGUGCUCAAAACUGUGAUUGGCGUCACUGCAGGGGUGGCUGCUGGUACAGUGGGUACUGUCGUGUUAGCCCCUGUUGUACUCGGGUUGGCGGGCUUCACCGCCGGUGGCAUCGCAGCUGGCUCCAUAGCUGCCGGUAUGAUGUCAUCAGCUGCUAUCGCUAAUGGAGGAGCAGUAGCAGCAGGCAGCUUAGUGGCUGUUCUUCAGUCAGUAGGCGCCGCUGGCUUUACGGCUGCCACAACGGCCGGAGUGGCGUCUACAGGCGGGGUCAUCGGCGGUGUGGUGGGGUGGUUUUCUGGCCGUAAAAGAAAGGGUGACUGUCUGAAUCCACAAGAGGGCGUCAAACUAUCGGUCCUAGAGACUGGAAAUUCUUCAGCACCAGAGGAUGAUGAGGAAGACGAGGAUGCUUCAAAUGGCCCUUCCUCCAAGGAACUGCAAAAGAUUUAAUGUUUUUAUUUUUUCUUUGUAUCAGUGUACCAAAAUAAAUACAUACAUUAAACUUAA